AUUUACAGUCAGUUGCAUGUUGUAUUUUAGUCUUAUAGCACUGUGAGUAGUGAGAGGUUAUAAUCACAAGAGAAUUAUUUAUUAAAGGCAUAGUGACUAAAAGUAUGACAGCAGUAACGCGAAUUAUAUUGAAUUUGAGUGCUGCAACUGGCGUAGGUUUUGCUGGUUGGUGUUUGGGGAAAUUUUCAGAACAGAAACGACAUUUGAAUGCAGAUAUAAAAAACAGUGGAAGUCAUAUUAUUUCGAAUGUAAACAUCAAAGAAAUGCCCGGUUUACCUUUAUUUGGAACUGUUUCUGCAGCAGUUCCUAUGGAAGUUGAUACAAAUAUGGGUUCAAAAUUGUCAUCGACAGCUACAAGAGUAUCAGAAAUUAUGAAGUAUGGUUUCCCUGGAUUGGAUCAUGUUAGAUCUUACGAAGAUUUUGUCCUUUCUUAUGACAGAAGAAAUAGGGUAGCUCAUUGGGUCUUUGAACACUUAAAUAAAGAUAGGUUACAACCCAAUGAGGAGAUAUCACGUAGUAAGUGUGAAUUUAAACCUGACCCAAGUAUACAUCCUUUUUUUAGAUCAGAAAAUCAUGAUUACAAAGGCAGUGGAUACGACCGUGGACAUUUAGCAGCAGCUGGGAAUCACAAGUGUGCUCAAAGUCACAUAGAUCAGACAUUUUUCCUAACAAACAUGGCACCGCAAGUAGGCGUGGGUUUCAAUAGGGAUUCUUGGAAUAGGUUGGAAAAAUAUGUUAGGCACUUAACUAAAGUUUAUAAGGAUGUAUAUGUCUGUACUGGUCCUUUAUAUUUGCCAAAAAUAGAGGCUAAUGGGAAGAAAUAUGUUCGAUAUGAAGUUAUUGGCACAAAUCAUGUAGCAGUACCUACUCAUUUUUAUAAAAUAGUUGUUGGCGAAACAUAUGAUUCUAAAUUAGAAAUGGAAGCAUUUGUAAUGCCAAAUACUCCUAUAGAUGACAAUGUACCUCUAACAAAUUUCCAGGUACCACCAGAAAGUAUAGAACGGGCUGCUGGACUUUUAUUUUUUGAUAAGAUCUCACGUGAUAAAUUAAGUAAAAUAAAUGGAAAAAAUAUUCGAUAACUACGACAUGAAGGCAGUUUUAAUACGUUUCAUCUUCAGCGUCGCUUUCGGAUGUCUUCAAAUCAGUUAUCAUGUCCCAAAUUGCUCAUUCAACUCCUUACGUCAAUGUGACAGCUGCGUGAUAUGGUAGCAUGGACUAGAAAACGCGCG